CAAAAUAAACCAAAUGAAUCUAUUAAUGUGUGAAGUUUACAGCAAUAGCAGCAGCAGAAACUAGUAGAAAGCAAUAAACGGCAACCAAAAUCCUCUUCUGUAUCAUGGAUUCUGAAGUACAUAACAUGUUGGCCGUUAUCAUGUCCUUUUCCCUCUUCAUCAUUGUGGCACUGAAAAUAGGGAGGAAUCUCAAGAAAACUGAGUCAUCUCCAAACAUACCUCCAGGACCAUGGAAGCUACCUAUCAUAGGGAACAUACACCAUCUUGUUACAUGUACGCCGCACCGAAAGUUAAGAGACUUGGCCAAAACAUAUGGACCCUUGAUGCAUCUUCAACUUGGUGAGGUCUUCACAAUCAUUGUUUCCUCACCAGAGUAUGCUAAGGAGAUAAUGAAAACCCAUGAUGUCAUCUUUGCAUCAAGACCUAAAAUUCUAGCUUCAGAUAUAUUGUGCUAUGAAUCCACAAAUAUUGUUUUUUCACCGUAUGGAAAUUAUUGGAGACAGCUACGAAAAAUAUGUACAGUGGAGCUUUUAACCCAAAGGCGUGUCAAUUCAUUCAAGCAAAUAAGGGAAGAAGAGUUCACCAAUCUUGUCAAAAUGAUUGAUUCGCAUAAAGGGUCACCUAUCAACCUCACUGAAGCAGUCUUUUUAUCAAUAUAUAGCAUCAUUUCAAGAGCCGCUUUUGGCACCAAAUGCAAAGACCAAGAAGAAUUUAUAUCAGUGGUAAAAGAAGCUGUAACAAUUGGAUCAGGUUUUAACAUAGGAGAUUUGUUUCCUUCUGCAAAAUGGCUUCAACUUGUUACUGGUUUGAGGCCUAAGCUUGAGAGAUUGCAUGGGAAAACUGAUCGGAUUCUUAAAGAGAUCAUCAAUGAACACAGAGAGGCAAAGUCAAAAGCUAAAGAAGACCAAGGUGAAGCAGAGGAAGAUUUGGUUGAUGUUCUCCUAAAAUUUCAGGAUGGUGAUGAUAGAAACCAGGAUAUUAGCUUAACUAUUAACAAUAUCAAGGCUAUAAUCCUAGACGUCUUUGCUGCUGGAGGUGAGACAUCUGCAACAACCAUAAAUUGGGCAAUGGCAGAGAUAAUAAAGGAUCCAAGAGUAAUGAAGAAAGCACAAGUUGAGGUGAGAGAGAUAUUCAAUAUGAAAGGAAGGGUUGAUGAAAUUUGCAUCAAUGAACUCAAAUAUUUGAAAUCGGUUGUCAAAGAGACCCUAAGGUUACACCCACCAGCUCCUCUUUUAAUUCCAAGGGAAUGUGGACAGACAUGUGAGAUUAAUGGGUAUCAUAUACCAGUCAAAAGUAAGGUAUUUGUCAAUGCUUGGGCAAUUGGAAGAGAUCCAAAGUACUGGACUGAGCCAGAGAGGUUUUAUCCUGAGAGAUUCAUUGAUAGCUCUAUUGACUACAAAGGCAAUAAUUUUGAGUUCACUCCAUUUGGUUCUGGAAGAAGAAUAUGCCCAGGAAUAACCUUGGGUUCAGUAAACGUUGAGCUAGCCCUUGCAUUUUUGUUGUAUCACUUUCAUUGGAAGCUUCCAAAUGGAAUGAAAAGUGAGGAGUUGGAUAUGACUGAGAAAUUUGGAGCGUCUGUUAGAAGAAAGGAAGACCUAUACUUGAUACCUGUCAUCUGUCAUCCUCUGCAGGGAAGUGGUGCAGGCAAAGAAGGCUGAGUAGGUUUCAUUCCCAGUUUUAAGAAGUCCCAAAAGCUAAAGUAGAUGACACAUCUUUAAUCUGAUGCAAAAACAGUUUGCAUUAUUCAAUAAAUUUAUCAUAUAAAAUAGAUCUUAACUUUCAUCAGAUGCCGCAAUUUCACAAUUUACUAUAAGCUUGGAAAUUUUUGCUCUAUGUCAAAUAAAAAUAAUUAUAAUAAUUCUGGAAAUGCAUGGAAUACAAACCUAAGAGAUGUAAAUUCUUGUUUUAAGAAGGUUAAUAGAGUAUGCUAUACAUCAAAUGUGGUAGCUAAAUAAGCUAUGUUCCUAGUGUAGGAGAAGAGGGAAUUGGAUUGAUUGGUACAAACCAAUGAUGAAUGUCGUCUUUAUAAGUUGUCCUAGCGUGCAUUGAUGUUCCAAAAAAAAAUUGAAUUGAUUGUGUGCCCUACCUAGUAAUUAUUGAGACAUUAUGAGUCUCAGUUAACAUGACUCUGAUUUCAGUAUA